UCAGUCCUGUUUCAGACCUGGUUCAGUUCUGGUGGAGUUCUGGUUCUUGGACAUGUUCCUCAGGGUGCUGCUCCUGUCCCUCUGGUGUUGGGGGGUCCUGUGUGCAUGGGUCCUGUGUGCAGAAAACAAGAGCUCAGCAGAGUCGUACAGUCUGAGGCUGGUGGGAGGAGCCAGUCGCUGUGAGGGGGAGGUGGAGCUUCAGAGACCAGAUCUGAACUGGACUACAGUGGGUAUAAGUUACAUGACUCUUGGUUUUGGGGCCAGAUUGUGCUCGGCGCUAGACUGUGGCACUGUUGUGUCUGUGGGGCUUAAUUCCGGUCUAGAAAGAGAAGUUGUGAUGGGUGAUCGUUACUGUGAAGAAACAUCUCUGAUGCAGUGUUUUACAACUGGAUUUCACUCAGACAGCAGUCUGCGACUCCAAUGUUCAGACUCGGUGCGGUUGGUCUCGGGGUUCGGUCUGUGUUCAGGAUCAGUGCAGAUCUGGGACGGGUCCUGGACCGGGGUCUGUGACGGGGACUUGGACCAGCGGGGGGCAGAGGUGCUGUGCAGGGAGCUGGACUGUGGGGCUCCUUCUCUCCUCCAGGGGGCGCUCUCUCCUCUGGGGCAGACGUUCCACUGUGAGGGCCAUGAGUCUGCUCUGAAGGACUGUCCCCGCUCCAACUCAAGGACCUGCUCCUCUGGAGCCACUGUCAACCUCACCUGCUCAGAGCCGAUCAGGUUGGUGGGAGGAGCCAGUCGCUGUGCUGGGACUGUGGAGCUGAAACUCAGAGGAGAGUGGAGACGGGUGACUGGGGACUAUAGAUCCUGGAACCAGGAGGACAUAGCUGCUGUGUGCAGAGACCUGGACUGUGGCUUUGCUGUUUAUGGAGGAGUGAGAGAUGAUUUCCCACAGAGUCCUGUGUGGUCGGUCUUUUCUGACUGUGUGAAGACAUUUUCAGUGAGAGGAUGUGUCUUUGGUUCCUACUCCUCCUCUUCCUGGGGUCUGGAGGUGAUGUGUUCAGACUCGGUGCGGUUGGUCUCGGGGUCCGGUCUGUGUUCAGGAUCAGUGCAGAUCUGGGACGGGUCCUGGACCGGGGUCUGUGACGGGGACUUGGACCAGCGGGGGGCAGAGGUGCUGUGCAGGGAGCUGGACUGUGGGGCUCCUUCUCUCCUCCAGGGGGCGCUCUCUCCUCUGGGGCAGAUGUUCCACUGUGAGGGCCAUGAGUCUGCUCUGAUGGACUGUCCCCGCUCCAACUCAAGGACCUGCUCCUCUGGAGCCACUGUCAACCUCACCUGCUCAGAGCCGAUCAGGCUGGUGGGAGGAGCCAGUCGCUGUGCUGGGACUGUGGAGCUGAAACACAGAGGAGAGUGGAGACGGGUGAUUGGGAAAUAUGAAGACUGGGACCAGGAGGACACAGCUGCUGUGUGCAGAGACCUGGACUGUGGCUUUGCUGUUCAUGGACGAAGGAGAGGUGAUUUCCCACAGAGUCCUGUGUGGCAGGUCUCAUCUGACUGUGUGAAGACAUCUUCAGUGAGAGGAUGUGUCUUUGGUUCACGCUCCUCUUCCCGGGGUGUGAAGGUGGUGUGUUCAGAUCUCCUGAAUCGUCCAAUCAUCUCUGUGUCUGUGUUUGACGGGGCGUCCGAGCUCCAGUCUCAGGGGGUGCGGGUGCAGCUGGGCUCAAAGUUCAGGGUCAAAUGCUCCGUGGAGCCACAGUACUCGGGAGGCUCCUUCCAGCUCCUCUCUCCCACUGUGCCCCCCGCUCAGAACCGCACCCUGCCCGCCGUCAAUCACUCUGCACACUUCCUGUUCUCUGACGCUGACCACGCCCACAAAGGAAACUACACCUGUGUUUACCUCCUGCAGGUGUUCAACCACAGCUUCUCCUCUCAGAGCCACAAACUCCAGCUCUCUGUGGGAGAGUCAGACUCAGACCUGAUCAUCAGAGUCGUGGUGAUUCUUCUGUUGAAGCUCCUGUACAUCCUCCCAAUGUCCUACUGCUACUGCAAGGUCAGGGCCAGAGGCGGCGCUAAAGAGAGGCCCGAGCCGUGAGUGAGACCGGUUCAGAUCUGAGUUGAUCCUGUUUCAGAAACAAGUGAUAAAUCAGCCAAUUAUUAGCACCAUUAAUAUCAUUAAUGUCAUUAGUAUCAUAAGCACUGUAGGAGCUAUGUGCUUGUUUUGUUUAUUCUAAAAUUAGUUUAUUAUUUUUGUGUGUGAAUUAGUUUACUCAUUUAGUUUUGUAUAAUAUAUUUUUGCUAUGGUAAUAUUAUGUUUCCUAAUUUGUUUAAUUGUUGUUGUUUUGGUUUAAUCUACUAGUCCGGUUCCUUAUAUACUUUUGUGGGAAUUUUUGGGGGAUUUGCUAACCUAUAUAUUUUUGGAAAGGUUAUAGUAUAUGGAGUCAGAAAAGGAAUGUUUACAUUUGCCCACAUGUUUAUAUGGUGGCCAUAUUGAAUAAAAAAAAAAAUGGCUGCCAUCUCAUUUUGGAAUAUCUCAGCCUCUGAAUCUGUUGAAAUGUUAAUUUUAACCCCUAAAUCCACAUUUUCAGGGUCAGGGAAUCAAAUGGUGCUAGUUACAAAGCUGUAAGACCUACCCACAUUAACCCUUAGAUGAAUAAGUGGGUCAAAAAUGGCCCGGUUUGGUUGGAAUAAUACCAACCUGUCUGUUUUCUUGUAUGUAUCUUUGUAUUUCUGUCAUACAUUUAAUGAAAAAAAAACCAAACAAUAA